ACCCGCUCGCACGGCCGCUCGCGCCCGGAGCCCCAGGCGGUGAAUUGGCGCCGGGGUCUGCUGGCCGGCGGACAGCAGGCGACACUGGGGACAGCGGGGCCGGGAGUCCGGUGCACCGACCGACCGAGGACGCCGACCAAGCUGCUGCGCGCCCGGGUGCCGGGCGACUGGGAGCAGGCACUGGGCACAGGGAGCCGGCCAAGGACCGCAGCGGGCAUGGAAGAUGUCAUGGUGCACCCUUGACUUCCAGGGCCCACGAAGGUGAGACUAGGAUCUUUGGGCUGGUUGGAAGUAGCCUAACCCGGCGAAGCAGAAAUGGAUAUGGUGUACGAGCUGUUCAAUGGGAGCCAGCCAUUCCCCCCCUCAUCCUUGGAGCUCAACGGCCCAGGGGCAGCCAACGGCUCCAACCAAACAGAGCCCUACUAUGGCAUGACCAGCAACGCAGUCCUCACAUUCAUCUACUUCGUGGUCUGCAUCGUUGGCCUAUGUGGCAACACGCUCGUCAUUUAUGUCAUCCUCCGCUACGCCAAGAUGAAGACCAUCACCAACAUUUACAUCCUCAACCUGGCCAUCGCCGAUGAGCUUUUCAUGCUGGGCCUGCCCUUUCUGGCCAUGCAGGUGGCUCUGGUCCACUGGCCCUUUGGCAAGGCGGUCUGCCGGGUGGUCAUGACUGUGGACGGCAUCAACCAGUUCACCAGCAUUUUCUGCUUGACAGUCAUGAGCAUCGACCGCUACCUGGCCGUGGUGCACCCCAUCAAGUCGGCCAAGUGGAGGCGGCCCCGGACGGCCAAGAUGAUCAACAUGGCUGUGUGGGGCGUCUCCCUGCUGGUCAUCUUGCCCAUCAUGAUCUACGCCGGGCUGCGGAACAACCAGUGGGGGCAGAGCAGCUGCACCAUCAACUGGCCGGGCGAAUCCGGGGCCUGGUACACCGGGUUCAUUAUCUACACCUUCAUCUUGGGGUUCCUGGUGCCCCUCACCGUCAUUUGUCUCUGCUACCUGUUCAUCAUCAUCAAGGUCAAGUCGUCGGGGAUCCGAGUGGGCUCCUCCAAGAGGAAGAAGUCGGAGAAGAAGGUGACCCGCAUGGUGUCCAUUGUGGUGGUCGUCUUCAUCUUUUGCUGGCUCCCCUUCUACGUCUUCAACGUGUCCUCCGUCUCGGUGGCCAUCCAGCCCACCCCGGCCCUCAAAGGCAUGUUUGACUUCGUGGUGGUCCUCACCUACGCCAACAGCUGUGCCAACCCCAUCCUGUAUGCCUUCCUGUCGGACAACUUUAAGAAGAGCUUCCAGAAUGUCCUCUGCUUGGUCAGGGUGGGCGGUGCAGAUGACGGGGAGCGGAGCGACAGCAAGCAGGACAAAUCGCGGCUGAACGAGACCACGGAGACCCAGAGGACCCUCCUGAACGGAGACCUGCAGACCAGUAUCUGAACGACCACCGAGACCCAGAGGACCCUCCUGAAUGGAGACCUCCAGACCAGUAUCUGAACUGCCUGUACCACACAGAGGCCAAGGUCUGCCUGCUGCUGCGGGGCUCCCUCCUCCCACCUCUUCCCGACUCCCACCCGUCACACCUGGCUUCUAGAAUCUCGAAUUGCUCAGCAUGAGGCCAAUUCAGCAAACUGUGUUUGAGUUUGCUUGUCUGAGUGAAUGAUCAUGUACUGCAGUGACUGCUUCCGCCCCCUUCCCCGCUCCCCGCCUCCCCCCCACAGAAAUGUCAGUGCAGGCAGGCAAUCCCAUGCCUGGGUGUGCCCUUGGGGAAGGCGCGGGCUCAACAAAAAGCAGCCGAUGUCUCUGUGUGUUUGUGCCUUCCGUGCCUGUGUGUAAUUGUGUGUGCUCGCCUUUAGACCUGUGGAGUGCUACUAUCGGUUCCUGCCCAGCCCUUACCUCCCCUCCCGUGUUUAUGCGCACAAGCAGCCAAUUCAAGUGCAAAGCACAGGUGGACAUUUCUUACAAUCUGCUCCCUGCCAACAUAGGCUGACUGUGAAGCCAAGGAA